GGAGCAUGGGGCUGGCCCUCUACGCGGUGUCCUACCUGCCCUACCAUGUCCUGCGCAACCUCAACCUGGACCGGCGCCGGAAGCUCUGCAGCCCUGACUCCGGCUCGCUCAACAUCCACACGGCCUACCAGCUCAGCAAGGUCCUGGUCACCCUCAACAUCUGUGCCCACCCGCUGCUCUACACUGCCCUGGCCAACAGCAUGUGGGGCUGGUGCAGCGCCCGCCCCCGGCCGCCUGGGGCUGAGCCGCCCGAGCGCCAGGCUCAGGGACUAGCUGUGGCUAGAGCACUCUAGGCCCCGGGACGGCCCUGCCUGGGGGUGGUCUCCUGCCAGCUCAGUCAUUAAAGCGAAGCAUCAGCCAGCUGCUCCGAGUCGCCUGCUCUCUGGCCGCCUCCCCCGCAGC